GUGACGGACUCAAGACUAAUUUAUUUCAUCACUACAAUAUAUCUAUAUAAUCUUUUUGCAUCAUGGAUGGAAAUCAUAUUGAUAAACGAUACUUCGUAGAAGUGUUUGAAAACUGUUCUUUGGAUGACUGGCAAUAUGAAAUGCGACGUGAAAUGCAAGAACUUUUACCUGGAUUGUAUCUUGGACCAUUUGCAGUAUGUCGAGACGUGAAUACAUUAAAAAGUCAUGGGGUAACGCAUAUUUUGUGUUUACUUGAUGGUAAUGAAGUGAAUUUGUUUCAACGCACACUGGAAGUGGCAUCCCAAUUCAACUCUCACAUUAUUGAAAUAGCCGAUACUCAUUUACAACUACUCAUCACCCAUUUUCCUGUUGCCAGUCAGUUCAUCAGGUCCGGUAUUGAUCAUGGUGGGAAAGUACUAAUUUGUUGUAAUGGAGGCAUGUCACGAAGUCCUUGUUUUGCCAUUGCUUAUAUCAUGGAAACUUUCAACAUUAGUUUUCGGGAUGCCUAUCAAUUUGUUCAGGCCAGACGACUAUGUAUCAAUCCAAACGAGGCCUUUAAAAGUCAAUUGAAGGAAUAUGAACCGAUAUAUAUGGCGGCUCAAUCACAACGACAGCAAAGUGACCAUCAGCAACAACAUCAAAAUGGAUAUACUAUACAACAACGACAGAAAAGAACGCAAUUGAUGGAUGAUCACGAUGGAUUUGAUAUGGACGAUAUGCGAUCAGAUACAAAGCGAAGAGACUACUCAUCAUCAUCACCAUCAACAACAUCAACAGAUUUUAUCUAGUUUAUUUAUUUACAACUUGCCCUCACUUUGAAUGAAAACAAAAAGCAACAAAUAUUUUUCUCUUUCUUUCCUGUUUACACACACACAUAUUCCUUACAUUUGUGAUACCUCUUCUUUUUGUUUUCAUAGUACUUCCCAUCAUGUAUUUUAUUCGUCUUUCCUUCGGAUUGUGUAUACUUUUUUUUUGUCUUGUUUUUAUUUUGUUAUUACAAUAAACAUCAGUCAUUUUACUAUCA